GUUAAAUGCCAAGUAAUUUUUGGUGGUAUGUAUUAUAUUGAUUCUUCAUACUUACCUGUCUUUACUGAUUUAUAAUAUGAAGCUUUUGAUUUGUUGUUGCCUUAUGCUGUCUUCUUAAAGUAGCUAGUUACUUUCACAAGGUGAAGAACUGAUCAUGUUUAUAAUCCAAGGCUGCUGUGUGAUAACACUUCUGUUGUUCGGAACACUGCAUGAAUAUUGUCAAUCAUCAAUUUGGGAUUUGCUAUUUCAUUCAACUUGCAUCUUGUUUGAAGCUCAGUGCUCUAGGACUCAUUCUAAUCAUGUUGUGCUUAUCUCAUUGUGGUGCCCUAUGUCAUUACCUAUCUGUUUCCUUUUUGCGUUCAUUUCGCUUUUGUUCGUAAACAUCUGCCAGUGCAUUCAAAGCAGCAAUUAAUUUAGCAUCAUGGAAAAUUGGAGAGAAUAAAGGACCAUAAUUUGGUGCUACAAAAGGAUCUAAUGCAAUGCCUUAAACUUGCUCACCACCAUAUUGCUGACUAUGAUCUUGACUUCAUAGUUCAUUGUUAUUGUUCUUCUGAUAUUUCUCAAGACUCCUUCCAAUGAUUAAGUCUGCCCUGAUCCCUUUUUUUUAUUGAAUUGAUUUCUUGUAGUUUUCAUGAGACUAUCUAUUGAUCUAUCAUGUUUUUUGGUCAAGGGUAACAGUGAUAUUGAUCAAUUAGGAAAGAUCUUUGCGGCUUUUGGAACUCCAAGGCCCUCUCAAUGGCCUGAUAUGGUCUACCUUCCUGACUAUGUGGAAUACCAGUAUGUUACUGGACAGCCUCUUCGGACAUUGUUUCCAAUGGCUAGUGAUGAUGCCUUGGAUCUGUUAUCAAAGAUGUUCAUGUAUGACCCCAAAGCUAGAAUUUCAGCACAGCAUGCAGUAGAACACAGGUACUUUUCAUCUGUUCCACCACCUACUGAACCAGCUUUGCUCCCAAGACCUCCUCCAAAGCGGGAGUCACUUAACUCUAAUGUUUCAGAUUUCAAUCCACAGGAGGGUCCAACUGUGUUGUCUCCUUUAAGAAAGUCAAGAAGAGUAAUGCCGCACCGUGAGAGUCUUGAAGGAAGUGCACACCAAGUAAAUAAAAUUGAUGAUCAUGGAAAUGAAAUCGGACAAUCAGCUGGAGGGAGGAGUGAGCAUGCACCGAUGUCAUUAGAUUUUUCUGUCUUUGGAAUGAAACCUACAACUAGACCAACAAUUAAGAGUGCUGACAGGUCACAUCUAAAGAGGAAAUUAGAUCUUGAAUUCCAAAUCCGUGAAGAAGAGUAAAACAUAUACACUGCAGGCAUUUGUCUUUUUGUUCAAGGGAUGCAUCGUUGCUUCAUGAGGGGGACGAGUCCUCGGUGAAUGGAUAUCAUCGUUGUAUCAGCAGAUUGGAAGCACCGACUUAAAAGGGGGAAGUAAUUCCUUUUUAUGCUCCUCUUGGAUGUGUACACCAGCCCAUGGAUGGCCAAAAUUUUCAAGUUGUUGAUUGCGAUAAUUAAAUGGUUUUGCAAAAAACUGAUACAUAUUUGGGGAAUAAGAUCCCAACAUUUUAUUUUGUGUGAUACUUGAGUGAAGUUUGCUAUUAUAUUAUGAAACAAGUUUUUCG